GAGAAUGCAGGGAUGCCGUUACCGUCUGGAUACUGUACAAACGUUGUCACAUUCUUUCCUCUCAGCUGCUCUGAUAUCUAGCGGUGGAAGCGUAACGAUGGAGUGGGAUUGCCUCGGCUAGAGGACAGAGAACCCACAUGACCCAGGCUUCCUGAUGACUGCACCUUUUUGUCCUAAGUUCCCUGGCAGAGCUUUGUCCUCGAUCUUUGUAACAUGGCAGGAGAUGGGUACGGUGCUGCUCUGUGGUAAAGUUAAAGGGAACGGAUCCACCGUAGCCCCGUCAAGAAAAGCCGCGGGGUCCUCUUCUGAAGCGCGACGGAGGCGCGGGCAUGUUUCUGAUAUCCUUGGCGAUCUAAAAAUGAACUCUUCCUCGGAGGGAAACAACAGCGGUUUGUUCUGUUUGUUGGGAGUAGGAGCUCACGAAGCCAUUCCAGUUUGCCUCCUCGAAGUAGGGAUCAUCAUCUUCCUGACUGUGCUGAUCAUCUCGGGCAAUUUGAUUGUUAUUUUUGUUUUCCAUUGCGCCCCCCUGCUCAACCACCACACCACCAGUUACUUCAUCCAGACCAUGGCGUACGCCGACCUUCUAGUUGGAGUCAGCUGCUUGGUACCCUCUUUCACCUUGCUGCACCACAGCGCCCUCCUGCCGGAGAACAUCGUGUGCAAAAUGUUUGGCUACGUAGUGUCCGUGCUCAAAAGCGUCUCCAUGAUGUCUUUGGCCUGUAUCAGCAUCGACCGGUACAUAGCUAUAACCAAACCUCUGAUCUACAACACUCUGGUCACAGCGUGCCGCCUGCGGUUUUGCAUCCUGUUGCUCUGGAUAUACUCCUGCGCCAUAUUCCUGCCCUCGUUUUUGGGCUGGGGAAAACCCGGAUAUCACGGAGAUGUGUUCCGGUCGUGCGCCGUCUCGUGGCCCACCAGCCCGUACUUCACCUCAUUUAUCGUGAUUACGCUGUACGCCCCGGCGGCCACUACGGUUUGCUUCACGUACUUCAACAUUUUCCGCAUUUGCCAGCAACACAACAAGGAGAUCAACGAAAGGCGCGUGCGGUUCAGCAGCACGGAGACGGAUCCGGGCCAGGUGCAACCCAGCCCGGAGAAACGGUACGCGACUGUCCUUUUUCGUAUAACCAGUGUUUUCUAUAUAUUGUGGUUGCCCUACAUCAUCUACUUCCUGUUAGAGAGUUCCAGAGUCUACUCCAACCAGACUGCUUCCUUUCUCACCACGUGGUUAGCCAUCAGUAACAGUUUCUGUAACUGCGUGAUCUACAGCAUGUCCAACAGCGUUUUCCGGAAGGGCCUGAAACGUCUUUCUGGGGCAGUUUGCGCUUCUUGCUCCAGGCGAGGGGACACGCGCGAAGUCCCCAAAACUUCCAAUAAACGGCCAACGGAAACCUGCAACCCAUAGGUAUCGCAAGCCGUGCGGUAUCCAUUGGGUGUUCCAUAGACUGGAUACAAUUUAAUGCCACUGUGUACUCAUCCAAGGGGAGCAAUAAAAGGACAUCACCAAUCCAAGGAUGCAUCUAGUGCUUUAGUCCCACGGUGGACCUGUUACUUAGCGGACUAUGUUUUUUGUAGGUACAUU